UCCUCCCCCCACCCGAGCUUGUGUUUACAGUGCGAUUUGGCGGGAGAGGAACUGAGACGCCGCUUUGCUUUCUUUUAUAGAGCGCGUGCUACUCCGAUAGCCGUGUGCGUCUAUGGCGGCGACUGCACCCGCGGCUCCCGCGGAGUCUGAUCUGGACCGGAGCGGAACUGAGGAUGAGCUCCGAGCGGCCGAACCUGACGAGGACGCAGGGAACGCGCACGGUGGGCCCGCCGCUGGCGCGCAGCAGCAGCACCGACUCGCCAAGUUACCGCUGUCACGCAUCAAAGCCCUGAUGAAAGCCGAUCCGGACGUGAGUCUGGCGAGUCAGGAGUCCGUUUUCAUCAUAGCCAAAGCCACGGAGCUUUUUGUGGAAAUGAUCGCAAAGGAUGCUCUUGUUUAUGCACAACAGGGGAAGAGAAAAACACUUCAACGAAAAGACUUGGACAAUGCUAUUGAAGCAAUAGAUGAAUUUGCAUUUUUGGAAGGUACCCUGGACUGACUGCACCAGCUCAGAUAAAGUUGUGAAGGUCCACUGGUUUACAGUAUGUUGGUUUAAACGCACAGAGACAAGUGUGGAAGAAUGUGUGUAUUUCAUAAUGUUGUUCUGCUUGGGUUUUUUGAAGUUGAGAGAUUUUUCUAGUUGUAAAGUGCCAAUUGUAUGUUUCAAUAUAAGAGUUAUAUAACUAUGUUUUGUUUAAAUAAAUUGAGGUUCUUUGAUAAGUCUGAAUCAAAUUGCUGCUUUUAUUUUGACAGUGGGACCACUUCCAUUAGUCCGGUCCGCUUUGCGAACCAUGCACUUACAUAGGAGACUACCUUAGAAUUGACCACCGCAUUACAGAUGUGAGUCUGGAAAUGUUCUGUUCUCACAACAUGUACAGUCACUGAUAAAACACUGAAAAAAGUAACUGAACUCAAGCUUGUAUUUUUUCACCUGUAACUAUUGUGAUGGACGUAAAUAUAAAAGCACAUUGCGUGUCAAUAGAAAAUAUAGAGUGACGUGAGCAGGACUUUGUCAAAAAUGUGGUUUUAAGACCUGAAAAUUUGACCAAAAAGGUGCGAGUUUGGUUAUGAAAUGCAGUUGUCGCUCCUGUAAUUAAUCAAACUCUGUGUGAUCGCAACCAUAGUAAGGACUAAAAUACUUUUGUAUUUGUAUAUUAUAAUAUUUUUCAGAAAAUGUGUGUAGAAUGUGUCUGUCUAAAAGUAUUUUUGACCAACAAAGUAAUACAAUACAUAUAGAUUUCAUUCUGACGAACUUUACUGAAAAAAUGUGUGCUUUUAAAUGGCAAACUUUUAAAUGCAGUAUCUUUUUCUUAUAGACUAAUUCAAAACUUCUGCACACCUCAAAGAAGCUAGCAGAACACAAGAUCAAGGGGGCGAGGUUGGAUCCAGAUCCAACUCUCCCACUUUAUAUACAUAGCCGCAAUUUUGAGAGUUAAGUUGCAACCCGUGGUCACCAACGUUUGCUCUUAUCAGUGUAAACAUAAUUUAGUGUACGCCUGUAAGUAAUGAUCGCAGUUAUGUCAAACCUACCCUAAACCUAAAUAAUAAAAUAUGUUAUUAAAAGUACCCAAACCCUUACCCUAAAUCUAAUAAAAUAUGUUAUUAAAAAUACGUUAAUAAAUAAAGCUUGUCUUCAGCAAGUUUGUUUUUCUGUCAAAUGAAUAACUUGAGUUACGACUCAAUGCGAAAAUGGUAGCGCAACAACAUGAGUAUGAUGCAAAACUGCUGCAAAAAUAUGUCGACCAAUCAAAAAGCAGUGGGAGGAGACUGGAUCUAGUGUUUACCAAUCACAAUGCAAUAGGAGGAGACUGAAUCCGGAUCCAACCUUGCCCCCUGGAUCUCGCAUUCUCUGCAGUGAGGAGCUACUGCCAUUUUACAAGAUAUAAACAACACCGGUCUAGAAGCACUUCCCAUUUCAGGAUGAAUGGCCAGUGUUGUGUACAUCUUGCAAAAUGGUCUACAGCAGUCAAGCAAUCUCAUUGGGUCUUAUGUUGCAAAUACUACACUGUUUUACAGGAUGAGAUGGUCAUUUUCUCACUGUGUACUGCUAAAUGCCCAUGAUUUUGUGGUUAGCCAGGAUGCCAUAUCCUAUCCAAAGACUGUGAAUUAGCAGACUAGACGAAACGGCAGAAAAUGUUGACGAACAGAACAGAAAGUGUCUCUCCUGAGAUUUAACUAAAGCGUGUCCUCAGGGAACAACAGCCUGCUCUGAAUGGCCAGUCCUGGUGGUCUCGCGGUAUGAGAGAUGCGGUCAAUCCUGCAGAAAUAAAUCAGCCCAAAAAAAUGGAAACUAAUAUUUGGUUGGUUUUGUCUUGAUCCAGAACAUAACUUUAAUUCUAGAAUAAUUGAAACGGGUCAUUAGGUCUUUUUAAUAACAGAGUAUGACAUGCAUGGAAUUCUUUGCAUAGCUGCCCUUGCAUGCAUGGGCUUUUUUAACAUUCUUCAAUGAACGGAUAAUAGAAAAUGGCAAAAAACUCCAAGGGACUGCACAUUUAGAAGAAGAGGUUUUAUUAUUUGUAUCACUAAUAUUGCACUAAAAAGGUACCUAGUAAGGCUGUCAAACGAUUAAUCGCAUCCAGAAUAAAAGUUUAUGUUUAAUUUUGUACUUAUAAAAACAUACACAUGCAUGCAUAUACAGUAU